AUGGAUCAAAUACUCGCAAAGGCAAGCAGCCAAGCGGUGACAUUUGCCAUAAGGUCAGGAAUCUCACUAGCAUCAGGGUUUGCUAUCAAAACAAUAUCAAAGUUUCUAGAUAGGAUCCCGGAGCAGGAGAAGAGAAGAAUACUAGUGACGAAAAAUAAAAUUCAAACAAAGAUAUCUAUUCUUUCUGUAAGCAUUGAACUAAUUAGACUUGCUGCUGCUAGAGGAAAUACUUCUUUGGAAUAUACUUUAACAUUAAUUAAUGACCUCAAUAAUGAAUUUGAAAUGUUUGAUGAUACAGUCGAAGCAAUCACCAAUGGACUAAAUAACAGCAAUGAAAUGGAUUCUGUCAAGAAAGUAGAGAAAUAUAUGGAGGAUCUCCUUUCCCAAAUCAAUGAGAGCAUUCCUAUUCUUAAUUUGUCAUUAGUGACAUGUGGAGUCAGCUUAAAUGGGAACUUGCCCGGUUCUAUUUCACCUGGAAGACUAUUACAAGCAUCAAACUAUUUAGUGAAGUCUAACGAAAAUUUCAACGGAAGCGAUCCAAUUCGAGUUGGUCCAUCUUUUGAUAUGGUUUUCUAUACAGUUUUUUACAAUCCCAGCCGAUUGAAAUACAUUAACGAGGAAGAUAAUGAAUACGUUGAUGAACUAACAUGCAUAUCUUGGAAGGAGCAAUUCGCAAGAUCUGUGGUAACUAUCUUGAGAGAACCCAAUAAAAAUGAUCCAGUAGAUUAUCGAUAUCUGCUACAAAUUGAAGAGGAUUUUAAUGACUCAAGGUAUCAUGAUGAAGACUCGACACCUCAGGUUCGUAAAAUUGAUAUUGACACCAUAAGCAGGUUGUUUUUCAGCGCAUCAGGCAAGCUUCUUCGUUUAGAAAAUAGGAGCUCUUCGGUUUUGACCGUGAAACUAAUUGAUAAUGACAAUAAGGAAGAAUGGAUUGCGCUAGGAGAAAUAAAAGUUGGCGAAUUUGAUGAUCAGCUGGACACUGAAGAAGAGGAUGAUGAUGAUGAUGAUGAUGAUGAUGAAAAUCAACAUGGAGGUUCUAAAGAAAGAUCUUCAAGUAAUAAGGCUAACUCAUUAUCGCUUUUGGAGUAUUUAAUCAGAUUGACUAAGGUUCAACUGUCAGAGCAGAAAUCGGUACUUGAAGUGACAGACGAGAAAUUAUCAAUUUACUUAAAAGACGAGAAUGAAGAACAAUCCAAAAUUGAAAUUGUACCCAAAAGUAAAGUUCACAGAGACAAAGAAAGGAGUAAGAGCAGCAAGUUGAACGAGUCCAUCACCUUAACUUCUAACAUUGACAGGUUGAAAAUUCUCGACUUAGACAAGUAG